CUGGGUCCCCUGGUUUUGGAUUUGGGGGGCAGUGCUAAAUUCAAAUGUGCUCUGUGUUAACACACGCCUCAUUCCUGCACCGCCUGUCUGUUCCACAGUUUCUGCCGAGACGAUGAACACGCAGCGCACAACAGAGGAAACAAAGUCCCCGUGUUCAGUUUGAGGAGAUAGGAUGUUGCUCAGUAGAAAUGAUGGAUACAAGAGACUCCACUGAUCCGUACAGCAGACCAGCGCGCAGGACACAAUGGAUAGUCAGCACUCUGGCUUACCAUUACGGGCUGGACCGGGGAGUGGAAAACGAAAUUAUAGUUUUGGCCACAGGACUGGAUCAAUACCUCCAGGAGAUUUUCCAUCAUAUGGAUUACCAAGGCGGAGGUAGAAUCUCCGUGGAGGACUUCAACAUCUUGUGUGAAGUUCUGGGGCUGAACAAAGACUCGGAGGACACAGAAUGCGCCGGUGUCUUAGACCAUUUACCCACCGAGCUCACCUUCAGACACUUCCACGCUAAACUCUGCGGAUACUUCAGCACCAAGGCGGGCUGUCAGUAUGAGAACGGCCGGCUGCUGGUCGGGAAGGACAACGAGCAUAUAGAGACUCAGAUCCGCCUGAGGAGCCCUCUGAGGCGGCGAGAGAAGCUGCUGUCUGGGGGCGCAAGCUGCGGCUCCUGUCCCUCCUCGGAGGGACGACACGCCUCCGUCUGCAGGCUCGGAUCCUGCACCAAGGAGUGCUACGAGGAGAUCGUGGCGCUGGAGGAAGCGGAGGACCGAAUAUCGAAACUGGAAGACGAGAACGCAAGUUUGAGGGAGCUAAUCGAGGACAUGCGAGCCGCGCUUCAGAGCAGCGAUGCCCGCUGCUUGGCUCUGCAGGUAGGACUGUGGAAAAGCCACUCCAAACAUAAACCAGAGGAAGGUUGUUUUGUAGCCCACCAGAAACAAGCCUCCCAGAAAAGCAUGAGCUACAACAACCUGAAAAGCAGCACCGACAGCAACCAGAAGAGCCUGCAGAAGAUUAUCAACGAGAUAGAGCUGCUGCGGAGUGCCAGAGACCGACAGGUAGAGGAGGCCAUGCUGUGUAAUCAGAGAUUGGAGCAGGAACUUUGGAGCUCUAAAGAAACUGUGGCUGCUCUGGAGAGCUGUAACCAAGCACUGAAAAGGGAGCAGGUGGGCAUAAGGAGGAAGGUGGAGGAGGCCAGGCAGGUGCUGCUCAGCGGGCUGGGAAAGGUGAAGGACCUGGAAACCAAGGCCAGUCAUGUGCCAGCGCUGCAGAGACACAUCCUCCAGCUGGAGUCAGACCUCCUGUACUACAGAUCUGAGGUGUCAAAACUACAACUCCCAGGCGGCAGCAGGGCCGAGCAGCAGCUGGGUGUCGCUGGCAGCAGGCCGGGCCAGAGAUGUUGCUCAGCAUCCCAACAUGACCGCUGUUCUCCGACAGGGCGUGCUGUGACGACCCCUGAUAAAAUGGAGGAGCAGCUGUUUCGCUCGGUGGAGGGCCAGGCAGCCUCCGAUGAAGAAGAGGACAAGUGGACCGGAGAUCAGCAGAGGCAGGUGGACGAGGUGAAGAGGAUCUUGGCCAGGCUGUCCUGCUGUGGGGAGAGGUGCGAUGACAAGGCGUUCAAGAAGCUGAUGUCAAAUUUUGGAAGUUCGAGGAGUGAGGAGAGCUGCAGCGCUGUGGUGGAGCUCCUGGAGAGGGUGACCAGGCUGCACAAGCAGCUGGAGCUGAGGGAGAGCCUGGCAGAGAUAGACAUGGACCAGAUGAAGGACUCUCUGGUGCAGGAGCUGCAGCAGAAGGCAGAGGAGACUGAGCUGCUUCAGAUGGAGCUGCGGAUGCUGGAGACAGAGAGGGUGCGUCUGUCACUGGUUGAGGAGAAACUUGUGGACAUCCUGCAGCUGCUCCAGCAGCUCAGAGACCUGAAUGUCUCGCGGCGGUCACUCGGGAAAAUCCUGCUCAGCACUUUGGAGUCUUGCAGCGACCCACAACACGGCAAGGCCCACAUUCUGGAGGUGCUCAAUGCUCUCUAUCAUGAACUAGCUGCCUGUGAGAUUCUGUCUAAUGGUGGACCUCUGGAGCGAACACAGAGUCAGCAAUCUCUCAACGCACUCAUCAUCUCCUGCUAACCAGGACUGCCUCCUGCUGGGCCAGUGAUGCUCCAACAGCCUUUCUACAAGACAGAGCUUAGUAGCAGUCAAGAAACAUACUGGUUAAUGUGUAUAGUGUAUUAUAUUGUAGCUUAUAUACUCCUCAGACCUUAUUAUCUAUAAAGGGAUAUUAGUCUAGAAUGUUUGUUACUGUAGCAAAGGUCCUUAUUACAUAUAAAGGAAAUUCAUGCUUAAACAUGUUGUUGUUUUUUUUAAGAUCUUUUAUUGCACAUAAAACGCUCAUAAUCCAAUACGGAUUUUCUUUUUUCCACAACAGUAUUCUGAAUGUGAAAAUGUUGAAAUAAGCUAAAUCUUAAAGGGGCAUAAAGUAUUCUGUGAAAUGUAUCCAACUCCACUGGUGAACAACAUCGCCGAUAGAGCUUAUGGAAUUUAAAGGUCCUGUAUUAUGCUUUUUCAUGGCCUGAGUCAGCCCAGGAUGAUUCCGCCCCAGCUUUGCUGGGAGUGGCUGAGGGCAGUGACUAUAUAGUUGUGACAUUGCAACAUUAUAGUUGUAAUAAUCUUUGCAAUAAAAAAAGACAUGGAAAUCUCACGUUCUACAAUAUGGGACCUUUAAAGGAAAUUGUGUCAUGUCACAUGCUUUGUUUAUCAAAGUUAAAAUGUCAAGCUCAAAUGUAUCAGAUAGAAGAAGUGCCUACAUUUGACCAACUGUAAGGAAACACUAUUAGUGUGUACUUAGUGACCCUCAGGAUGCCUGUGUUGUGUAAUGGUACAUUUUGGUGGUUUGUUUGUUAACAUCAAUAAUGUUGAAAACAUCAGCCACUUCGUAUCUUCUGGGUAUUUGUAUUCAGGUGCUCAUCUGCAAAUGUCAAUCCUGUCAGCUUAAACCUGUUUCUUUUUUUGACAAAAUAAUUUCAACUAAAGUUUCACAUACUCACUUGUUCCACAGCUUUUCACGUUUUUGUAGAUGUUGUGACUAUACUCGUAUAUACUGUGCAUCUGACAAAAAUGCAACAUUUGAGCAUCUACAUUUCCAUUGUCAAUGAAGCAAAAUCUAUCUGCUGAUAAAUAGCAAGCAAGUAGAGUUUGAGUUGAGUGUUUUGUCAGCUGCUGUUUUAAAGCUGAUGAACAAUGAACCAUCUAACUCUCCUCGGCAGCCUGAACAUGCUGUUAGCUACUGGCUGUUGAUAAAUGUAAGCUCUAUGGAUACAGAAUAUUGGUCAUUAACCUGCUACACUGUAUGUCCGUGACAUGUUGAGGUAAACUUCAUACCCCUGAUACUAUUCUUAUGGGACUUGACUCAAGGCACUACUGGUAUUUACCAGACUUCUGGUGCAGAAGUUACAACACCUUUAGCAUUAGAGAAGAUAUCCCAAAUGUAUUUUUGUCCCUGGGAGCUUUGACCAUGCAAGCUCUGACAAUAAUUCAGAACUCCAAAUUGGCACAAAAUGGUGUUUAUUUGCUAAAACGGGUUAAAUGAUAAGAAUAAUGGUAUUUGUUAUUAUUAGAGAGGGCAAUUUUUGCAUGUGUCCGUCUCAUGGAAGUAACAUAGUGACCAUGGCUGAUCACAAAUAUACAAGUUUUAUAAGAUAGCCUUUAUUGUCCCAAAUAGGAUAAUUUCUCACCACGAUGUUUGCGUUAUCCAUGCCUCUGGAUGCAUCUGCACAGUACACCUGGAUACAUAUUCACGUACAACAAGUUCUAUUCAUACAAUGAUCAUACUUGCCCAGUAGUUCAGCCUUGUUCCCAAACAAGUGCUACAAAUGUAAUACAUUAAUAGCAGCAGCUUCAGGUGAACCUGCAGUUGCUGCCUCACACCUGUUUCUCAAUACAAUACAUCAGAGUUGCCUUCAAUUGAAUGUUCAUUCUGAAACACAAAACAUGUCUACGUCAGUUGUAUGUGUUGUCAUUGCUGUCAUGAAAUGAGGGUCUUGGAUACAUAACCACUGUUGCUGACUUAUGCAAUUAAAGCCUUUGACAUAUGCA